CAAAGUAACAUAAAAUCUUUUCCGAUACAAGGAAAUAUAAAAAUCUUUGGCAACUAGAUUACAAUUUAAAUGUGCCGGAAACAGAAUUUCGGUUUCAAUUACCGCGUGAUAACAACAGGGCAGAUAAGACAAAAUAAAAGUUGGGUUAUUUGAUUUUCGCUCCAUCCGAAAGCAGCUGCAUUUAGUGAGUGAGCAGCAAAGAAAGUACAUUUCAAAUGCUACGUCUUUUUAUCGGACUGCUCUGCUGGGCAGCAAUCACAACAGUAGCUUCCUCAUCCUCCUCCGGCCGGGGAUUUACCUAUAGAAAAAACUCCAACUUAACAGCAAGUCCCGCACACAAAAUCAACAGCAAUCCAAAUUAUGUUGUGGUUGCGACAACAAAACCCAGCAAAAAAAGCCAAUUGCUGCCCAUGGUGAUAAACACGUGGAACUUCACGGAUGCCAAUGCCUUUGCCUGGCGCAUUCUCCAGCAAUCAGAGGGCGGAUUGGGACAGACACGCAAUGCUGUUGUCGAAGGCUGCAACAAGUGCGAGCAGCUGCAAUGCGAUCACGCCGUGGGCGGCGGCGGCUCGCCGGAUGAACUGGGCGACACCACGUUGGAUGCCCUCGUCAUGGAUGGGGCUACAAUGAAUGUGGGCGCUGUGGCUGGAUUGCAGGGGAUUAAGGAUGCCAUUCAGGUGGCGCGUCAUGUUAUGGAGCGCACCUCCCAUACGUUGCUGGUGGGCAACUCGGCUUCAGAAUUUGCCAAGUCAAUGGGAUUCCGGCCGGAAUCAUUGGUCACCCCCUAUUCGAAGCUCAUGUGGCAGAAUUGGAAGGAUGGCAAUUGUCAACCAAAUUUCUGGCACGAUGUGCAUCCAGAUCCCAAGGUUUCGUGUGGUCCCUACAAGCCGCAGGCAACGCCUAUCACCAGCUUUAAGGAAGAUCAAGCACGCACCGAAUAUCAAAUGGAUUACAAGAAUCACGACACCAUCGGCAUGAUUGCUGUCGAUGUGCAGCAGCAAAUUCAUGUAGGCACCUCUACCAAUGGGCUAAACUUCAAAAUACCUGGCCGUGUAGGUGAUUCACCGAUUCCCGGUGCAGGCGGCUAUGCGGACAACGAAGCAGGAGCUGCAGUUGCCACUGGAGAUGGGGACAUUAUGAUGCGCUUUCUGCCCACUUUUCUGGCUGUCGAAGCCAUGCGCAGUGGCAAGACUCCGGCACAGGCGGCGGAGGCAAGCAUACAACGCAUCCUCAAGCAUUACAAGGACUUUUGGGGUGCAGUGAUUGCUGUCAAUCGGCUGGGAGAAUAUGCGGUUGCAUGUCAUGGGAUGUCUGAAUUUCCUUUUGUGGUGAGCAACCCGCUGCAAGGUACUCAAGUGGAGACAGUUAAGUGUUUGGCACAAUAGGUGAAUGUUACUGUGUGAUGUCACCAAAUAUCCGUGUCCACUUUCAACAAUUUACAGGCGGAGAACGUGGAGUCUACUAGCGACGAUUAAGCAGGAAAACAGAUUACACCCAUAACGCCGCUAACGAAAAACGUAAAUUUAAAGUAAUUUUUAUUUAGAAAUAA